GUGGGUACUUCAAGGUUGUAUUCUCUGCUUCCUUUUUCAUCCAUCUGGACCCUCUGUUUUUCAUAGAAGCUUAGUUACACAAUCUUUCUCUCUAGUACGUGUUACACUACAUGAGUACGCACUCCUCAUUCUUUGGCAUUUAUAAUCUUAUAAUUAAGCUGAGCGGAGUUGGGUUACACUCUAUUCACUUCGGAGUUCAUUUUUCUGCUAGUAAUUUUCUCAAACACCUUAUCCGCAUACAAUAGAUCCAGAUUCUACCUUUCUGCUAUGCUUGAAUAGUAUGAUAGUUUAUCAUCAUUGAAUUUGGUGUUUUGAAGUUAAAAUCAUGAAGCCCAUAAGCCCUCGUUUCACUCCACUGAUUUAGUUUGAUUUUGAUCUCUGCUUUGUGUAAAAGUUCAUUUCUUUUGACCGUGAACUACGCAUACAUCGCGUUCUUGCAGUUUUGUUUCAUGUUGCAAUCAUAAAAACACAACUUUUAUCCUUUUUAGCCUCCGUAUGCUUAGAUCUGUGUAACUGGUUUACUUAAAUAUUGAAUUUUCCAAUAUCGGAUGUGGGAACGAGAGAGGACUUGAUGCGGAUCUCCAAUAAAGAGUAAGCUAGAGGUGUAUCGAGUUAAGAAAACUUAAUCUUUGAUAAACAUAUAUACGUGAUUAUGAAGUCGAUAGAAGAUAAGGAUUGCUUGAAUCUUGCAUCACCUCAGGAGAUUCAGAAAGGAAACGGGUCAAAUCGUGGUUCACACCACCAUCGAACCGCUCUAGGCAAACCAACACCAUCAAAAUGGGACGAUGCCCAAAAAUGGUUAGUUAAUUUGUCAAGAGGUGUAGAUAAGAGUCAAUCCAACAUCGAGCCACGUGAUUCCAAUGCAGAUGAUAGAAGACUGAUAGCACCAGUUCCCAAAAAAGAUUAUCCAAGUAGUGAAGAUGAAGAACAUGGAACGAUUGAAACAAAAAAAGUCGAUCUUGGAGAUUCAAUGUAUGUUAGCUCAAUUUGUGUGAGAGACAUGGGGACUGAAAUGACCCCAAUGGCUAGCCAAGAGCCUUCAAGAUCUGCCACACCGGUUCGAGCCACAACCCCGGCUAAACACAGCCCUGCACCCUCAGGCUCCUCGACUCCUGUAAGACCAUUCACAAUAAUACCUGCGGUUGCACCUGUCCCAAAAGCUGACACUGGUGCAACCACAAGGUUUAGGAGAGAAACCGAAGAAACAAAUGGUGAAAAUGUUGUUGAAAAUAGAAACCCGUGUCAAGAUUCUAAGAUGAAUCCUCUUGAAACCCGGGCUAUGGCUUGGGAUGAGGCUGAACGUGCAAAAUACAUGGCAAGGUUUAAGCGUGAAGAGGUGAAGAUAGAAGCUUGGGAGAAUCAUGAAAAGAGAAAAGCCGAGAUGGAGAUGAAAAGAAUGGAGGCUAAGGCGGAAAGAUUGAAAUCUCGGGCACAAGAGAAGUAUACGAACAAACUUGCUUCAACAAGAAGGAUAGCAGAGGAGAAACGAGCAAACGCUGAGGCUAUUUUGAAUGAAAAAGCUGUAAAAACGAGUGAAACAGCAGAUUAUAUAAGGAGAACUGGUCACUUGCCCUCUUCUUUCUCCAUUAAGUUUCCUACUUGUUGCUGGUAGCAGUUGGUGCUGGAUUUCAGUAUUCUUGUAUUUAUCAUUCAAUUUCCGCUUCAAAAUACUUUCUC